AUGGGAAACGACACAGCGACCUCGUUUUUCACACCGACAACUGAACGAAGGUCGCUGGGCGGAGACUGGACAGCGCCUUCGAGUAUAAAGGUUGGCCGCCAGUCGUUCAUCGUCACUCUCCCUCCUCCUCUCCCGCUUCUAAGCCUCAUCAUGAAGUCCCUCAUCCUUUGUGCAAUCCUUGGCGUCGUUGUGGCCGACCGCCUCAACGGAUUCAACGGAAAUGGUAACGGUUACGGAGCACCUCCUCCUCCCAGCAAUGGAUAUGGUGCACCCACCAACGGAUUCAACGGAAAUGGUAAUGGUAACGGCAACGGUAACGGUAACGGUUACGGAGCACCUGCUCCUCCUAGCAACGGUUAUGCAGCUCCCAGGAACACCUAUGGCACGCCCAACGGCGCCUACGGAGUAGACCCUGAGAUUGCCGCUUUGGCCGAGAACAUUCCCGGGGGCGGCGUCCCCGGUGAGGACUACCCCAUCUUGGCUUCCGUGCCCGACACCGGCUUCUCGUGCGAUGACCAGGCGGUGCAAGGUUAUUACGCCGACACUGCAGCUGAAGCCGGCUGCCAGGUGUUCCAUAUCUGCCAGGACCGCGCCCUCAGGCGCCAACAGGACUCGUUCCUGUGCCCCAACGGUACCAUCUUCAACCAGCAGUACCUGGUAUGUGACUGGUGGUUCAACGUGGACUGUUCUCAAGCUGAGAGCUUCUACUCCGUCAACGAACUCAUCGGAGUCGUUCCCGACGCCGGAUACGCCUAUGGACCCGCCACCAACGGAAACGGUAACGGCUAUGGCUCCAACGGCAACGGAAGGAACGGAAACGGCAAGAACGGAAGCAAUGGAUACGGCUCCAACGGAAACGGAAAGAACGGAAAUGGAGGCAGCAACGGCAACGGCUACGGUGCCCCCCCUGCCCCAAGUAACGGCUACGGUGCCCCAGCUGCCCCAUCCAACUCCUAUGGAACUCCUUUCUAAGCUGAAUUUGAAGGAUCUCACAUUAGAAUAAUUACCUGUAUAUUUUUAUACACAGAUGUUUACUCUGAUUUUUAUAUAGUAAUUUUGUAUAUAUCUAUUUUUCAAAUAAAAUGAAGAUUAGC